UACCAUGUGAGUGUCUGUGCCACCCACAGUCAGUCUCACCUGGAUCUCUGCAGCCAUGCUUCACUUCAGCACCACACUUUUGCUGGCAGCAGCUUGUCUGCUCACAACAACAGGUGCAGAGAGAGUUACCACCUGUGGAGGCCAUGUCCACCGUCUGAGCUGUGACACCGGGGUGAUCAGCGUGGAGUCGGCAUUCUACGGCCGUGCGGACACUGAAACCUGCGCCGGGGGAAAAACUGCUGAGGAGGUGGCCAACACUGCAUGCUCUCUGGAUGCAGCAGAAGAAAUGGUCAAGGCAAGGUGCGAUGGCAAGAAGGUGUGUGAAACAUGCGCAAGCGUCUUCGGAGCAGAUCCCUGCAGCGGCACCUUUAAAUACGUGGAGACCAACUACACCUGCAUCCCUGCAACUCACUUCGUAACAUGCGAGCACUCUCGGGCAUACCUAAGCUGUGAUAAUGGGAAGGUUAUAACCAUACGCGGUGCUGAUUUUGGACGUCGCGAUGGGACCACAUGCGCUUUCCAGCGGCAGGACUUUAUGAUCCAGAAUGUCAAAUGUUAUCAGCCCACUAGCAAAGUUGCAGAAAAAUGUAACGGGAGACAAAGGUGUUCAGUAAGAGCCAGCAGCUCGGUGUUGGGCGAGUCCUGUGCCAACACUUACAAGUAUCUAGAGGUGGCCUACACCUGUGAGGAUCCUGUGGCCGCUUAAAAGGAGCUAACGUACGGACGUCACAGUGAACGAACCACGAAUACAACACAUCAGACUUCAAAUAAAGUGUCUCAUUGUGGUCAUGCAUGUACGAGAUGAGAGAGCUCUGAUGUAAUUUUGACUUUAAGACGACGUUUAAAAUAAAAUAUAUCCCUCCACACGG